UCUGUUGCCAGCUAUAUGAACCUGUGACUGAGUAAGAUAUGAUGCUGUUGAGUGAUAGCUGAGAAACACCACAGUAAACUAGCAGGGUCUGAAAAAUCUAGGAGGGAAUCUCAAUGCUUUUUUUUUUUCAUGUGACAGGUUGUGGGUUGUAAAUUAGGCCUAAAAGGUCAGGUGACAGGCACCUGUUCCUCAUUAUUGUAGAAAGCUUUUGGUUACAAACAGUGUUAAGCUAAACAUAACAUGGGUAUGUAACAGGGAUUCUCUAAAGCACUCCAGUAGUUUUUACCUACUCUGUAAAUGUCUAAACAGGACAUACAUAGAUAAGCCCUGUGUACAAACACUCCAUUUCUUCCCUACAUGUUAUCUUGUAUGAUUGCAAUUAAUAUUAUGUUAGUACUUGUUACUGAUGAAGUACAUAAAUGAAUAUGGCUACAUCAAUCUUCUAAUUAUGUCUAGAUCAUUGUAGUUGAAUGCAAAAAAUUUUUUUUCUUAAAAACAACCCUCUUUUUCCUUUGCAAAUUAUUGAUUAUGUUCAUGUUUUACCUGGAAAACCUUGCCAAGUGGCCUUUUAUACAUUUUAGAUGAAUUCUCAUUUAAAAUGAUACCACAGAAUAUUUUUUCUCAGCACCCAUAUAUGAGGGGAAAAUCAGCUGCUACAUAUUGCAGUAGCUUUGUGCCAUACAUAAACCAGAAAGAAAACCACACUGUACAGGAAUGUAGGGAGGCUCUUCAGACCUGGCUGUUCUCUUGGGAGUAUUCAGAGUUCUUCAUAUUGAAAAAAGAGAGCAGAGCUUAAUCCCUAUAAGUGGUUUCCUUUUACAUGUUCCAGAGAGCAAACUGUGCGUGUAUAUGGAAAAGACCACACUAGCAGAAGGUGACAGAAUAUUAGAGGUGCCAAUUGCUUUUAAUUAGCAGAGGAGGAGGAUUUUGAGUAAAGUAAAUAACUCAGGUUAUUCAGUUCUGUUAUUAAAAUAUGUUCUUUAUCCUUUUUGCCUUUAAAUAGUUUGUGCUUUUUAUAUGAAGCGCUCCUUUUUAGUAUUUGCUCUUGAAAUUGAUUCGGUUCUCAUAUUCCAAAACUCUGUGAUGAUUCUUUAUUUUAUAAAUUGAUUUACAUUUUGACAGAAUAGAGUUAAGUUAAUUAAUAGAUCAGGCACAAAAAAAAAAUAACCCACAGUAGGGUAUAUUUUCUGGUAAAAUGAAAGUUAUGUUUCAGCACGAUGAGCAUGAGGCUUCAGUAAUCUGCUCCUCGUGUGCAAUGAGCACUUCCUACUUCCAGCUAGCAGGCACCUACUGUUUAUUUACGCUGCAUUAAACUGACAGCUCAGCAAUCAGAGGAAAAAUAUUACUUACCUUCCUGAAGUAAAUACCAGUUUAUAGGUUAGUGCACGUAUUUAUAUUCCUGUCACCACUAAAUAACGGCUCUGUCUCUGUUUUAAUAUCUACCUGGGCUGUAACCCAGGGAUUCACACUCUUCCUGGCUGGGAAGAAGGGGUCGACAGGAGUUUUUUCUUCCCAGUCCCUAGUGGCAAAACUCUAAAACAGAAUCAUUUCACAUUCUCGUUUCUGUCAUGCGAAAACGAGUUGGGAGAGAUGUUGGACACUGUUCCUGUGCACCCCCACUGCAGCACCAACCCCCUAGCUCAUUGGCAUGCCACUGAACGCAGUCAUCCUGAGGCCUCCCCUGGACAGAUGUGUUCAAGCACAGUCAAGUAUUCAUUUGCUAAAUUAACUUUCUACAAAGUUCCAAACAGAUCAAACUACCUGAUUCCUUAGAUUAUGUCUGUGAUAAGGGCUCUUCCCUUCCCAUUCCGGGAUGGAAGGCUUCAGUUUUUAAGGUGGUUCUGCAAACAUGCCUAUAAAGUAGGGCUUUCUCUUUGGAUGGUUGCUUCUUAGCUUUGCUCUAAACAGGCUGUCUUCCUUGCCCUUCCUUCCUUCUUUCUUUCCUUCCUUGUUGCUAAUCUGUCAUCCUCAAAAUAAGGCUAGGUGCUACUUAGCCUUCUAUUUUAUAAUACUGGAUAUAUUUGUUUCUUCUUCAGUUCAAGGUCCCUCUCUUUCAGGGUCCCCUUGAAACCUCAAAAUCCUGCUGAAGUUGAAUGCUCAAACUCAUGGUUAACGGGAGAGGAUGCUUUUCGUUGUUUAAAUUGUCUACGGAGCUGUGGAACUUACUGCCUGUACACAGUUGUCAAUCCCUAGCCACAUACUUCACAAACAUCAGAGCAGACUAUGGUCUUAAUACAGCUAGCAUGUAAAUCAAAUCUGUUACACAAGGUUCCUUCCCUCCACUCUCCCCAAGAAAACUAUUUCCCAUGGUAAUUUAUAUAGCAUUGCUAACUGCUGUUCUCAAUGGUGAGUCUAUUUAAACUUGAUGUCUUCAUAAAGUGUGAUCAAUACAUUAACACACAUUAUUUUGUACUUUUGAUCUUAUGCCAACGGUACCUUUUGCUGUUUAUUUUUUUUAAAGGCUUUUUUAAGAUCAGAUAUUUCAUUUUAGAGUAAAUAGAUACAGAUUGUGUGUAUACAUAUUCUGGGUGAGAUUUCGUCGUAGAGCAUUUCUCUAGCAUAUUGGCCUAUUUUUAUUCCUUCAAGUCAUUCUGUACCACUUGCACAGUUGUUGCUGUCUGAAGGUUUGUAAUAGUAAUUCUAACCACCUCCCCCUUCAAUGGACUUUCAAGGAUGCGUGCGAUUCAGUCAGUCGGGGAUCUAGUUCAGUUGUGAGAGAUGAAAAGCAGCUAGCUGCUUUCUGCUGGGAUUUAUUUGGUCCAGUUAUGUGACAUUUAGUGGAGAAGUAGCUUGUAAUCAAACAUUCUGAGUCUGCUCUGAUUCCAGGGGAGGGAAGAUAUUGCUGGAUAAAACAUUCACAUGUAUAUUAUUUUACUUUACCUAUCACGCAUUUGGGAGUCCACUUGUUGUAGAACACAUUUCUGAGUACUUAGGGGUGCAGGUCCCAGUAAUGAGGGGGAACCCAUGCAGAGGAGGGAGCUGUCUGACUCCACCUGCUUGUGACUUUACAAGAAUGCCUGGGGAUCUAAGCCAGCCUCCCUCGGCUGUUCCCUUCACUCCCCCCACCUAGGUGUGCAGGAAGUGGAGGGCGUUCUACCCAGCUGAAGGGGGUGGACUCUACUCAGAGCUAUGACCUGAUUUGUGGCGCACCCUCAGAUCUGCAGACAUGGUCCAGCUGCUUCCCAGGCAACUGGUAACCACCUCAUUUGGGAUGAGCUUGCCUUGCUAACCUGCCAGAGAGAACUUCGCACUGUCACCCCAUCAAAGACCUUUCUUCUAGGGCUAGAUUCGGAAACCAGCCUCUGGUAUUUGAGAGGUUCUGGCAGGUGAUCUGUAAGACAGUGACUGAGUAUGGAUCAUUUGAACGAGGCAACUCAGGGGAAAGAACAUUCAGAAAUGUCUAACAAUGUGAGUGAUCCGAAGGGUCCACCCGCCAAGAUUGCCCGCCUGGAGCAGAACGGGAGCCCUCUAGGAAGAGGAAGGCUUGGGAGCACAGGUGGAAAGAUGCAGGGAGUGCCUUUAAAACACUCGGGCCAUCUCAUGAAAACCAACCUUAGGAAAGGAACCAUGUUACCAGUUUUCUGCGUGGUGGAACAUUAUGAAAACGCCAUUGAGUAUGAUUGCAAGGAGGAGCACGCGGAAUUUGUAUUGGUGAGAAAGGAUAUGCUUUUCAACCAGCUGAUAGAGAUGGCGUUGCUGUCUCUAGGCUAUUCACACAGCUCUGCUGCCCAAGCCAAAGGGCUCAUCCAGGUUGGGAAGUGGAAUCCAGUUCCACUGUCGUAUGUGACAGAUGCCCCUGAUGCCACGGUGGCAGACAUGCUUCAAGAUGUGUAUCAUGUGGUCACCCUCAAAAUUCAGUUACACAGUUGCCCUAAACUAGAAGACUUGCCUCCUGAACAAUGGUCGCACACCACAGUAAGGAAUGCUCUGAAGGACUUACUGAAAGAUAUGAACCAGAGUUCGUUGGCCAAGGAGUGCCCCCUUUCACAGAGCAUGAUCUCCUCCAUUGUGAACAGCACGUACUAUGCAAAUGUCUCAGCAGCAAAAUGUCAAGAAUUUGGAAGGUGGUACAAACAUUUCAAGAAGACAAAGGAUAUGAUGGUUGAGAUGGAUAGUCUGUCUGAACUAUCCCAGCAAGGUGCCAACCACGUCAAUUUUGGCCAGCAGCCUGUCCCAGGAAACACAGCUGAGCAGCCUCCAUCCCCUGCGCAGCUCUCUCACGGCAGUCAGCCCUCUGUCCGGACCCCUCUUCCGAACCUGCACCCUGGGCUUGUGUCAACACCGAUCAGUCCUCAGCUGGUCAACCAACAGCUGGUGAUGGCUCAGUUGCUGAACCAGCAGUAUGCAGUGAACAGACUCUUAGCCCAGCAGUCCUUAAACCAACAGUACUUGAACCACCCUCCCCCUGUCAGUAGGUCUAUGAACAAGCCUUUGGAGCAGCAAGUUUCCACAAACACGGAGGUCUCUUCUGAAAUCUACCAGUGGGUGCGGGAUGAACUGAAACGAGCCGGAAUCUCACAGGCAGUAUUUGCACGCGUGGCUUUUAACCGAACUCAGGGAUUGCUUUCUGAAAUCCUCCGAAAGGAAGAGGACCCCAAGACUGCAUCCCAGUCUCUGCUGGUAAACCUUCGGGCUAUGCAGAAUUUCUUACAGUUGCCGGAAGCCGAAAGAGACCGGAUAUACCAGGAUGAGAGGGAAAGGAGCUUGAACGCAGCCUCAGCCAUGGGUCCUGCCCCGCUGCUGAGCACACCACCCAGCCGCCCUCCCCAGGUGAAAACAGCUACCCUUGCCACUGAGAGAAAUGGGAAGCCAGAGAACAAUACUAUGAACAUUAAUGCCUCCAUUUAUGAUGAGAUUCAGCAGGAAAUGAAGCGUGCUAAAGUGUCCCAAGCACUGUUUGCAAAGGUUGCCGCCACAAAAAGCCAGGGAUGGCUGUGUGAGCUGUUGCGCUGGAAAGAAGAUCCUUCUCCAGAAAACAGGACCCUGUGGGAGAACCUGUCGAUGAUCCGAAGAUUCCUCAGUCUGCCUCAGCCUGAGCGCGAUGCCAUCUAUGAGCAGGAGAGCAAUGCUGUGCAUCACCAUGGCGACAGACCUCCCCACAUCAUCCACGUUCCAGCAGAACAGAUUCAGAGCCUCUCUCCCAGCACCCUUGGGAAAGGAGAGUCUAGAGGCGUUUUCUUACCAAGCCUGCUGACCCCUGCACCAUGGCCCCAUGCUGCCCCUCAGCAGCAGCAACAGCAGCAGCAGCAACAGCAGCAGCAGCAGCAGCCACCGCCGCCACCGCCGCAGCCACAGCCACAGCCCCAGGCAGGCCCCAGACUCCCCCCACGGCAGCCCACCGUGGCCUCCUCCGCGGAGUCCGAUGAGGAAAACCGGCAGAAGACCAGGCCACGAACCAAAAUUUCCGUGGAAGCCCUGGGGAUCCUUCAGAGUUUCAUCCAAGAUGUGGGCCUGUACCCAGAUGAAGAGGCUAUCCAGACUCUGUCUGCACAGCUGGACCUCCCGAAGUACACCAUCAUCAAGUUCUUUCAGAACCAGCGGUACUACCUUAAGCACCAUGGCAAGCUGAAGGACAACUCCGGCUUGGAGGUGGAUGUGGCCGAGUACAAAGAUGAGGAGUUGCUUAAGGAUUUGGAAGAGAGCGUCCAGGAUAAAAACGCCAACACCCUUUUCUCAGUGAAACUAGAGGAAGAGCUGUCGGUGGAAGGGAGCACAGACGUUAAUGCCGACUUGAAAGACUGAGAGAACAGUAUUCUUUUCAGCCACACCACCGGUAUUUCCUAACAACAUGAGAAGUCCACCUUGUGUUCACUCAGACAAACCUUCAUUGUUUAUUGUUUGGCCAAUGAAUCUUCGGAAACUUGCACAAACAGGAAGGAAGUUGGAAGGACAGGACAGCCAGCACUCAAGGUUUUACUGUGUUUUACAAAACUGCUUGGCAGCCCCGGGUGAAGCGUCAAGGACUGUUUGGUAGAAUUUGUGUUCAAGGGCUGCACCCAGGUGUUGUACCCUGUCAGCAUGAUACCAGAAAUUGGUUUUCCUUUUGAUUAUUAUUAUUCUGGAGCCUCAAAUAAGCAUUAUAACUUCUGUGGUUAUGAUUGCCUUUUCUUUAGUAAUUCUUCUGUAACCCGCCACACUAGUCUUUGGAAACUGGCCCCUUAUUUUAAAGAGAAAAAGAAAAAAAAAAAGAGAGAGAGAGAGUUUGUUACUCGAUUGUAUGUUAAAAAAAAGAACUAUAGACUGUGGAAUGCAGUUUAAAGAUGACAUAUGCCAACAAAUGCCUUGUAUUGUAUGGCACUGCCGUAAUUAAAAUUUGUUUUUUUAUUUUGGAAAUAAAAGUUCACUGUAAUUUUUUUCAUCCUCAUUAUUACAUGAUUUUUUUUUUAAGGAAAAGAAAAUGUGAAACACAAUUUAGUCCUUGUUAUUUAUUUGUAGCUCCUGCAGCAUCAUGUCAUAAUUAAGUUUUUUGGAGAUUUCUGUUAAAUGUAAUGUUGCUUUCCCAUCCUGAUUUCCUUUCUAUUUAUAACUGUAUUUUGAUGGGCAGUAAAACAAAGUGUCUUAAAAGUUUUAAAUAGAGAAAAAUGUGCUUUACACAGUUGCCUAUAAAAAGUCUAUGUUAUCCAAGCAAUUCACUCUAGAAGCUUCGGUCUCGUUGUUGUAUGCAAUUUUUACUAUCAUGCAAAUAAGCUUAGGUAAAUAAAACUAAUAGAUCACCUUAGAAAAUUAUGCAAUUAAUGUGAAAAUAAUUGAUGUUUGCAAUGUGUCUUCCUUUGGUUUACAAUCAAUUUUAAAGCGACAUCUGUAUAAAGUUUCUGUAUAAAGGUGUAUUUCUUUUUUAUGAGUUUAUGGCUAUGAAAACACCAGCUAUUUUGUUACAGCUGCUGUUUUUAUAAGUGUAUCACAGUUUUCUUUAUGCAGAAAUGUGCUGAUUAGGAGUGGUUAUUGACUGUAAGUACACGAUUAAAAUUGUUUGUAUGGUAUGACAUGGCAGGGUUUGUCUGCUUAUGUGAAGUAACUUGAGCCAGGCUCAAGGACGGCUGUCAUGUAGGUGCAUGCUCACGCUUUCUUGGUGAUAGCUUGUGGGUUCUGAAAAGCAACUGAACACUCCCUGAGAUACUCAAUUCAAGCUACACAUAUGCUCAGUUUUCAAUAGUUAUGGAAUUCCACAAUGCAGAUGAUAAUCUGCUUUUGCUUAUUACACCAGACAGUCAAAGACUCCAGCAGAAAUAUUACUGUAGCAGUUAAGUACUUGAGAUGGCCAUAUCUGCUUUUUCUGUACAAUCCUCCAGUUAGGGCAAUAUUUUCUUCAAGCUAGGGUACAUUUUUUUUAAAAGCCAUCAAUAGCAGCAUGAACAAGGGAACGCAUGGGCCUUCCGUGCGAGAAUCCUUUGCAGGAAACAGUUUAGGGGAGGGGCUUGUUUGCUGGUGAUUUGUUUUACAAGUCAUAGGUAGGCAAGGUGAACAUGGACUGCCUUUGUCAAAACUGAGAACCACAUGAAGAUAGUAGGAGGCAGAGCCCUGGACUCCAAGUCUAAACUGCUGCAUCAUGGCCCAGGCUGGUGUGCUGUGGCUGGCUCCAGAGAAACUUUCGUAGGCUGUGUUUUUCUGUCUUUUGUAUCCCUUUGUUAGGGUUCCCGUGUUGAUGGGGAUAUUUAGGUUUGUGGAGCCAGGCUCUGUAGCUACUGUCUUCCGGGGGAGCAUUUCCUCAGGCCUGGGCAGCUCCAUUCUGGUGGCUGCAGGGCUUUCCUGGUGGUCUAAAUGGGCUCCUUGAAAACUCCACUGAGGGAUUUACUUCGAAGCACAGCUGAGCACCUUGGAAGGCUGCUGUUCUGCUGCAAACUAAUUUCUGAUUCUUAAGUGAGAGAGAAAACAAUGCAAACUUUCUUGUUCGCUGGAGUUGAGCAAAGUAAUUACUUGAGCCAAAGGCAUUUGAACGGAGAUAAUGCAAGCUAAUUUUAAAUGUUAAAAACAACAACAACAACAAAACCCCCAAAACAAGUAACAUGCUGCUAACCACAGAUUAUCAUCUGUGGCCUCCUUUUCCCAGAUUUAAGAAUGGAUGGAGCAUCAUGUAGAAUUGAUGCCUUUUUUAUUUAAAACAGCCCAACACUUAAGAUAUCAGAUAGGUGUAAAAUUCAAUAGUUAUUUAGAAGGAGGAAGAUUUUUCCUGUUCCUAACAGUCUGAGUUAUUUUGAAUUGAUGUAUCCAAGGAAAUGAGUGUGUUGGAAAGCAACACCAUUGUGCCAGCAAAAUUAUCAGAUUUUUAAAAUUUCAGGUCAGCAUGGUUUUGUUACUUUAGAAUAAAGCACAUGUUUGCAAGCCACGAUGGUCACAAUGGAGUGGGCAAAACUGUUGAAGACAGCGUAUUUCAGAAGAUUUCCCCUAGUGAUCCACAUUGUCCCCAGCUCCCAACGUCAUUGUCACCCAUGUGUCUCUGGUUGCCUAUGGCUGUUGGUAAAAUUCCUUUAACAAGCUUCAUUGUGUCCCAGCGUUUCGGCUGGGCAUGACAUAGUGCUUUGUGCUGUUAGAACCUUAGCAGAGUCAGGUAAUUUCCGGGUAGUAGUCAGUUGUGUGCAUCUGAGUCUGUCAUAGCAUCCUACACUCAGCACUUUGCCACUAAUUUGUAUUACACUCUGUGGCCAUAUAAUACCUGCACAUUAUGCAAAAAAUGUUGUUGACAGUAUCUUCUUGCCACACAAUAUGCAGAGUUGACACAUAACCUUUGAAAACAAAGGUGACUAGUAUGUGUGCCCUACCUGUGUGGCACUUAGUAACAAAGUCUGUACAUAUGUAUAAAAUGCGUAUUGACUGGCAUUUAGUACUAUGAAAUUCUGAGCUUAAGCGUCUGCCCCUAGUAGUAUCUAUAGUUAACAAUGCAUAUUGAAAAUACAUAGCUUAAAUAAAAAAAAAUUUAAAUGGUUCAGAAGUGAUUGGAAAUGAGUGUCCCACACCUGCUAUUAUUAAAUUCUUCCCUGGUCCCAGUUGUUCACAUUUGGCUAACAAGGUCCUUGAUUGUCACAGUAUUUUCAAUAAAUGAGCUAUUAUGAA